CGACAUCGUCUCUCUUGACAAACUCUCUCUGGUCGACGUCGACAGGACUGUUGACUCUGAGUCGGUCUAGCUUACCCCAUCACACUCUGCGGAACUAUACGGGAGCAGCAGUCUCAACAUCAUACAACGAUGGCCGACAGCGGGCCCGACUCAAAAACCCAUCUCGAAUGGACGAACGUAGGCUUGGGACUAUCAUUCAUUGCCUUUGAUGCCAUACUUUCUCAUGGCCUCGGCUUGGGGGUAGGUCGUUCGCUAGUGAUUGCAUCUAUCCGGUGUAUCAUCCAGCUGGCGGUCGUGGCUAUGAUCCUGGAGAAAGUCUUCUCAACGAAUAACUUCUGGGCAGUGGCUGGUAUUGCUGUACUCUUGAAUUUUAUGGGUACACUCGAAAUUGCUGUGGUCAAGUGCAAGCGGCGAUUCCACAACAUGUUUAUAUAUGUCUUCAUCGGUCUACUACUCUCAACUAUUCCUAUAUCUAUCAUUGGAGCCCAUUUCGCUAUGGGCGUCCGUCCAUUUUGGCGUCCCGAGCAAUACAUUCCUAUCAUUGGCAUGCUCUGCGGCGCAACACUUUCCGGCAUCUCCGUCUCCGUCACCUACGUCUUGAAAGAGCUCGAUGAGAAUCGAGACAAGACAGAGACGUAUCUUGCGUUUGGUGCGUCAAGGCUCGAGGCUAUGAUGCCCAUCGCUAAGGAAGCCCUUCGACUCGCACUCACCCCCACAAUCAACCAGAUGAGCGUCCUCGGCAUAAUCUCAAUUCCCGGAAUGAUGACCGGCGCCAUCCUCGGCGGUUCCUCCGUCCAACAAGCCGCAAAACUCCAGAUGGUCAUCAUGUUCAUGAUCUCCUCCUGUUCCGCUCUCUCCUCCAUCAUAGUGACCGUCUGUGCGCUCGUGAUCGCCGUCGACAAGGGGCAUAGGAUAAGAACGGACAGGAUUGAUACGAGGGAUCACGUGGUAUGGAGGGUGAGGGACGCGGCGGCGAGAUGGGUGGCGAAUAGGGUGGUUUGGGUAGCGGGGAGGGUUGGGGUGAAGGCGAAGGAGGGGUAUGUGGCUGUUACGAGUAGUCCUAAUGGACGUGGGACACCGCGGGAGGAUGAGGAUGAGCGUGACGAUGGAAGGUUGUUGGGGUGAACUCUUCCUGCUUUGAGAUGGAUAGAGUGAUUGGUGACGUGGGCAGCUCAAAAUGGCUCAUGGCCAGUCGGAAGUUUUACUGGCACGGUUAGAUUUUUACACACACACAUACACGGUAGGGAUGAGGACC